CCGAGCGGUUGCGUCGUUCCCGCUGUCGUUGUGUGUGUAAAGGAGUGUGCGCGCGUGUGUGAGCCUUCCGCCAGCAAGGAUCCACCGUUAUUUUGUGCAGUGAAAACAAUCGAAAGUGUGCAUUGGCUAUUGGCAUUAGUGCCUAGAUCACAACUCAUCACGCUCCCCUCGCUCGGAAAAUCUAAAAUCUGAAUUCAUCCCCAUUCGCGUGGACCGAGGUUCGCUCGUAACGCAAACGAAAACGAAACCGAAAACGACGAAAAAACGCGAUGCGAAUUAAAGCUUUGCGUGGCAAAAUGUGCUAACCGAGGCAACAAAACAAACCAACCAUCCAAAAAAAAAAUUCUAUAUAUAUUAUGUAUAUAAAGAGCAGCACGUGAAAGAGGAAAUAUCCCGAAAAGCUGAAGAAAAUUGCGUAGAAAAUAUAAUAAUAGAAAAAAGAAGAAAGCAAGGGAAAAUACGAAUUUCGUUGGCCGAAAAAUAAAAACGAUUAUCAUCCAAACGAGUGUGAGUGAGUGAGUGCGAGUGUGUGUGUGUGCAAGUGUGCAAGUGUGCGGGGGCUAGCCCUAUAAAUAACACUGGGUCUGGCCAAACGCUAAUUACGGCAAAACAUGAAAAUCUUGGCGAAAACCGCAGCAACAACAAGUGAAGCCAAGGCGGCAAUUAAUCAAUUUUCCGCUUGACCCAUAAGGAAGUUUCCAUAUCAUAAUUAAAGGAGAACCCAGAAAAACGAAGGAUACAAUCGCACGAAUGUAAGAGCAAAGGUCAACCCAACGAAGCAUAUCCUUGAGCAAUUCAAAAAAAGAAUAAAAAGUUUUAAAAACCAAGGAAAUUAAAGAAAAUUAAUCUAAAUACUAAAACUAUAAAACUUUCCAUAUCAACAUUAAACACAAGACACAUCAGUUAACCAAAAUAAGAAACUUCAAAGACAUUUAAUAACUACAUGUGAAAAAUAAAAACCCAUCAUAUCAUAAACAGAAGAACUGAAAACCCCAUGAGAUUGCUACUAAAAACCAAACACUGGGCUUUAGCCUAGAACGCUCAACUAGAAGACUUGAAGAAAAAUCCAGGAAAAUGCAUAUCAGGGGAUUGGCUUUCCUGGUGAUCAGCCUGCUUCCUGGAAUUAUCCUCGGCAGUCGCUACAAUCAGCUGCAUCUGUAUGCGAAUGGCGGGGCAGGCAGCUCCUCGUCCUCGAACCCCGGCAGCUACAGGUCGUCUCCCUCCGCCCAGAACGAGGUGUACUCCAUAGCGGACAGCCAGCCGAUGACGGAGGAUGGCUACAUGCCACCCAACCAGCACUUUCCGCCCGCCCACUCCGACUUGGAUCCUCCUGCCCAGCAGCAGAGCACCUGCCAAACGGUCUGCGCCUGCAAGUGGAAGGGCGGCAAGCAGACGGUGGAGUGCAUCGAUCGACACCUCAUCCAGAUACCGGAGCACAUCGAUCCCAACACCCAGGUGCUGGACAUGUCCGGGAACAAGCUGCAAACGCUCUCCAACGAGCAGUUCGUCCGUGCCAAUCUGCUCAAUCUGCAGAAGUUGUAUCUGAGGAACUGCAAGAUUGGCGAGAUCGAGAGGGAGACCUUCAAGGGACUCACCAACCUGGUGGAGCUGGAUCUCUCCCACAAUCUUCUGGUGACGGUUCCCAGUCUGGCAUUGGGCUACAUUUCCUCCCUGAGGGAACUCACCCUGGCCUCCAAUCACAUCCACAAAAUCGAAAGCCAGGCCUUUGGAAACACGCCCGCGUUGCACAAAUUGGAUCUCUCGCACUGCGAUAUUCAGACCGUUUCCGCUCAGGCUUUUGAUGGCCUCCAAGGACUGACUUUGCUGAGAUUGAACGGCAAUAAGCUGAGUGAACUCCUGCCUAAAACCAUCGAGACUUUGAGUAGACUUCACGGCAUCGAGCUGCAUGACAAUCCUUGGCUCUGCGAUUGUCGAUUGAGAGAUACAAAACUCCUGCUGAUGCAGAGAAACAUCCCACUUCCCGUGGCUCCUGUUUGUUCGGGAGGUCCUGAAAGGAUCAUCGAUCGAUCCUUCUCGGAUCUGCAUGUGGAUGAGUUCGCCUGUCGACCCGAGAUGCUGCCCAUUUCCCACUAUGUGGAGACCGCCAUGGGUGAGAAUGCCUCGAUCACUUGCCGCGCCCGAGCGGUUCCAGCUGCCAAUAUAAAUUGGUAUUGGAACGGGCGACUCCUGGCCAACAAUUCCGCCUUCACUGCCUACCAGAGGAUACACAUGUUCGAGCAGGUGGAAGGGGGCUUCGAGAAGAGGUCCAAGCUGGUGCUGACCAAUGCCCAGGAGACGGACUCCAGUGAGUUCUACUGCGUGGCCGAGAAUCGAGCGGGAAUGGCCGAGGCGAACUUCACGCUCCACGUGAGCAUGAGAGCCGCGGGAAUGGCCUCCCUGGGCAGCGGCCAAAUUGUGGGUCUGAGUGCCGCCCUAGUGGCUCUGAUUGUCUUCGCUCUAGGAGUGGUCAUGUGCCUCCUGCUGAGGGUCAAACGGCAGCCUUAUGUGGACAGCAAGACCCCAAAUCACAUGGAGGUGAUUACGUCGGUGAACCACCAGAACUCCAUCACAAACAAGACGCAACCGCCCACAGGAAACGGCAGCAUAGGGGGCGUGGUCAUUGCCAAUGGAGCUGUGGCGAAUAUCAUCGAUGGUGGAGUGGUCCAGGGAGGCACUUUGGAGAGGAAGAGCAGCGGACGAGGAGUAUCCCACUCGGGUCAUGAUCAACGCAGUGCGAAUCCCGUGCAGAAACCACCGAGACUGACGGACCUCCCGUACUCUACUCAGGGAUACGACAACAACGGAAGUGUCCUGUCCACCGCCUCCUGCUUCAUCUCGCCCACAGGAUCCACCGGGAAUGGAGGAAACAACCCGGACCUCAUCAACGACACGAAGCGUUUUGGCAGCGAUGAGUUCGCCGAUCUGAAGAUCCCACCAAUUGGCGGAGUGGGCGGCAGUGGGGAGUACAGUCGCGCCAACGGCUGUGACUCGCUGUAUCCCUCGGGACUGUGGGAGCACGGUGCCCCAGGUGGCACCACCUCGGCGGACGACCUCUUCAUGAAGCGGUACACCGACAAGACGCCCAUCAUCGAUUCCUCCCAGUUGUAUGAUCUUCAUGAGCGAACUGCGGCCACGGAUUACUUCAGCAAGACGUUCCCGCGAUCGCAUCUCCAGCAGCAGGGAAUCACCGCGGGGGGCGGGGGAGGAACCUCCACUGCCUCCACGGUGACCACGAAUCUCUCGGGGGGAUCCUCCUCGGGCGGCUACCCCAACGACUAUGGACUGCCCUUGGUGCCCGGGGCGGAGCACCAGCACAACCACCAGCUGCAGAUGCAUCCGCUGCAGCAGCUGCAGCAGCAGCUCACCUCCACGCUGAACCACCAGAAGCAGGAGGGCAGCUCAACCGGGAGCAGUCCGCACUUCAGCAGUCGCACUCUGCCGCGUCUCCACGAGGGAAGUGGAGGGGGUGGUGGGGGAGGUGGAAGCUCCCGCUCCUCACCCACUCCCGCCGCGGUGGUUAAUCACGGCCAGUCGGCGAAUCCCAGCACCUCCAGUUCCUGCUCCAUCCUGCCCAACGGGCAGCCAAUCAACGCCAAGACGAUACGCGUGUGGCAGAAGGGCGGAGUGCCCGUCCUGCCGCCCGUCACCGCUUUGAAAAGAGCACUCAUCAGCAGCAGUCGCAACUCGCCGGACGAAGGAUACCAGGAAGGAUGCGGCACGGAUGUGUAAGCCUCGCCGGAGUGGGGCGCAAAAAACCAAAACCCAGAACUGACUAAACUUAACACGGGAAAAUUAGGCGGAGGAAAACGAGAAGGAGGGAAAAUAGUUGGAGGAGGUAGCUCUUUUUUAGGUUUAACACUCGUAGUUAGCUCCGAGGUCCUAGCAGCGAGCAGCGAUUAUUGUGCAAGCGAACUGUUUGUGAUAGUGUCUGACAAAAAGAUAAUGCGAAUGAUGAUAAUAAUUGCCCAAAGCAAAGAGAAAGCUAAAACGAAAUCAACUGCACUACACUAAAGUAUACUCUCUCUCCUUGGCAAGUAACUCAACUCAACUAAAACUAAAUCUGAACUAAACUAAUUUAAACUAAAUGUAAACGUAAAUAAACUAAAGCUAGGAUAUGUACAGCAAAACUUUCUUAAAAAUACCAUGGCAAACACUCAACUCCCCGCAUAACGUAAAAAAUAACCCAAAAAUAUAUGGAAAAGCCACCAUGUGAAUGUAACUAAAUCUAUAAAUAUUAUAUAUAUAUAUAUACGAUAUAUAUGUAUGUGACUAUGUGUGUGCAUGUGUGUGUGUAAUUUCUUCGUUAUUCGGUAAGAAAGACGUAAAAAGGAAAAGGAACCCAAAACCAAUAAAACCUUCCUCCAAGAGUUAUAAUCAUAAAUCAGAGAACGAAAACCAAAUUGUGGCUCAACAUUUGUAAAAUAUACAUUCACAUAUAGAGGAUGCAUACUUAUGUAGGUAAAGCUGCCGAAGAAGUAAUAUAAAUCAUUGUAUAUAUUAGAUAAUCCAUAGACAAAGAAACCAAUUCUCAAUCCGACUAUCGUUGAAAUUCUUCUAUGUUCCGUUAGAAGCUGUGAAAUAAUAUAAAACUAAAGCAGGCUAUAAGUCUGACCAAAAGGUAGCAGUAAAUCUAUAUCCCCAAAAUUUGUUCACAAUUUUUUAAAUUUAAAUAAAUCGAAACUUAAAGCAAACUGUAUUUUUCUUAAUUCAUACUAUGAAAAAUGCAAUUACAUUUUGUUUAACAUAAAACUUUUUCUGCCUAAGCCAAUUAAAUUUGUUAAACAUAAAAUCUUUCUCUGCUCAAACUUUUUAAUAAGAUUUAAUGAAGAACAUUUUUGUAUAUGCAUUUUUAAAACCAGUCUAUUGAAUAACUGACAGAUAAACAGAUUUUCACCUUUUAAACUUUAAAUUGCUAUUCUUUCCCAACAAAGACAACUUGAUUUAAACAAGAUUAAAGUAAUUUUUUGCAAAACGAAUGCUGACCCCAUUUGACGAUGGAUAAAUGUUUCAGUAAUCAAAUUAAAACGGUUUACCCAAAAAUUCUUGGAUAAAGAUUGAUUUACUGCUAACCCAGAACCGAAAUAAAAUUCAAAAAACAAUACCAAGUGUUUGUAAAUUUCCCAAUAAAUUUAGAAGAUGGCAGGCCAAAAAGGAGAAAAGAAAUUAAACAAAAUAAAAGGCAAACAGAAAAAACCAAUCGGAGGAAAUUCAAAGUAAAGACAGGGGGAAAAUAUUCCUCGAAUGCAUACGUAAAUAAACAUAUGUAAAUUGUACUCAAAGUGCGCACACACACACACAAACUCACAGAAAACCCGAAAAAAACACACAUCACAGGCAAACACAGCCACACACGCACACACAUAGCCAUACACGUGUACAUGUAGAUGUAUGUCAGUUUGUCCUUGUAACGAUUUAAAGCGUAUCCACAAGAUAUUAAUUGCCCGUAUGUGCUAAGACUUAGAAUUUAAGCAGACAACACAAAAAAGAAAAACAAGAACAAAAACAAAAACAAAAACAAAAACCAUCAUAAAAACAACAAACAAAAUAAUAUUUUUAAGGUAAACCAAAGACUUUUUUCUUUGCAUCUAAAUGAGCGCAGGAGUCUUCAAAGGACUCCCAACAAACAGUAGGCACACAGACACACACACUAACACCAACACAGAUACAACACACACACACAUAAACUGACACAACUGAAAGUAAUCUUGAAGGAGAAAAAACAAAAAGAGCAAGAAAAAACCAUAGCAUUUAAGUUGAACUUAUGUAUUAUGUAUUGUAUAAUAUAAACCUACGUAUAGUAUAUAGUCUAUAGAUGUGUACACUUAUCAACAGAGCGGCAUAGCUAACAAGCGAGGGAAAGGGAGGGAUAGCGAGAGAGAGAGAGAGAGAGUCGAGUGGGUGGGGAAAAGGAGAGGGGAGUAGUUGGCCCGCAGACAAAAGGCGGGCAUUGAAUGCAUGAAAGCAACUGAAUGAACAACAAAGCAAAAGGAAAUAUAUAUAACAUUAUAUAUAUCUAUAUAUAAACGAAAAACAUAAA